AUGGCCUCCCGCGUGGCUACACGUGCCUUCGGGGCCGCCCGCCUGCGACCGACGAUCAGCACACGCAGCCUUCCCGCCGUGACGUCCCUAACCGCGACCCGACCGGCGUCAUCGUCGAACGUGCCGCAGGAGCAGCCCAAGGUGAAGGCGCAAUCCAUCAUCGACGCGCUGCCCGGCAGCUCGCUGGCCUCCAAGACGGCGAUCCUGUCCUCGGCCGCCGGCCUGUCGGUCUACGCCAUCAGUAGCGAGUACUACGUCGUCAACGAGGAGACGGUCGUCGCCUUCGCCCUGCUCAGCGUCUGGGCCGCCCUCAUCAAAUACGGCGGUCCCAUGUACUCGGAGUGGGCCCAGGCCCAGAACGACAAGAUCAAGGGCAUCCUGAACGCCGCCCGCGCCGACCACACCCAGGCCGUCAAGAACCGCAUCGACAACGUCCAGCAGAUGGGUGGUGUCGUCGAGAUCACCAAGGGUCUGUUCGAGGUUUCCAAGGAAACCGCCCAGCUCGAGGCCAAGGCGUACGAGCUCGAACAGCAGACCGCUCUGGCACAUGAGGCCAAGUCAGUAUUGGAGUCGUGGGCGCGAUACGAGAGCCAGGUCAAGAUGCGUCAGCAGAAGGAACUCGCCGAGAGCAUCAUCGCCAAGGUUACGAAGGAGCUUCAGAACCCCAAGGCCCUUCAGCAGAUCCUUCAACAGAGCGUCGCCGAUGUGGAAAGAAUCGUUUCCUCCAAGGCCCAAUAA